AUGGUGCACUUCAAAAAUAAACCCGAAUAUGUCGAUAUUGACGUCGACUUUAAACCCCUGCCUAAGUAUGCCCAUUUUUCAGAGAAAACACCUGAAUUUCUAGCAGCCGAACCUGCCAUCGAUGCCGGCUACAACAAAUUAUGGAUGACGCCCGACUUCCCGGCUUUUCGCCAGGCUGCUGGUAACGCCGAUGCUGUCAUGCCUCCUGGAGGACCCGAUCGAUAUCGCGAUGUCACGACAGAAUUUUUACAAUUUCCUGCGAGCGACGGCACCUUUCUUGAGUUGAAAGUUUACAAAUCCCCAGAUGUUGCGCCAAACGCGACUCUGGUCUAUCGCAUGCACGGCGGUGGCUUUUGUGUAGGGCAGCACGAGAUAGAUGGUGUCGAGAAUGUUUAUGCUGCCACGAACCCAAACAUUGUUGUCGUUAGCAUAAAUUACCGAUUAGCACCUGAAUUCCAGUUUCCAAUACCAGCGCAGGAUUGCUUCGACGGGUUAUUAUGGUGCAAGGAGAAUGCGAAAACACUCGGAGUCAGCCCGGAAAAGAUUAUUGUUGCUGGAAGCAGUGCGGGGGCUAAUCUUGCUGCAGUUUUAGCGAUUAUGGCCAGGGAUAAUGGCAUUUCAGGUGUAAUCGCCCAGGUUCUUCACUUCCCUUCAGUCUGCCAUCCCAGGUUCUUCCCUCGAGACAAAUACGAAUUUGGUAGUUAUAUUCAAAACGCAGACAAUUGCGUCCUUAGCAUUUUCAGACUUGAGGCUUUCUUCGACGCGUAUAAUCCCAACCCGAAACCAGACUGGAGACAUUCACCUUUACUGGCAGAAUCACUAGAAAGCCUCCCACCAGCUCUUAUACAAUUUGCUGGAGUCGAUCUUUUUCGAGACGAGACUUUCGCAUACGCCGAAGCUCUUCAGGCAGCCGGCGUUAGUGCUGAGAUAUCCUGCUAUAAAGGCGUGCCGCAUUGCUUCCCCGUUAUCAUGCCAAACCACCCUAACACACCAGAAUUUUAUAAGAGGUUCAACGAUUUCCUAAAGAAACACACGUCCACUUAA